UACCACCGGAAGAGCGUUGUUACCGUGUAAUGAAAUAUUAAGUGGCUUAGAGUGUGUGAAAGUUUAGCAUGUAUCAGGAUAUGCAUUUGCAUAUAUGUAGCAUCGCUUCCAUGUGAUGAACGUCAGGUUAAAAGCUAAGUACUCGCUAACAUCUUUCGUUUUGAUAGAUAUCUGUGUCUACAAUUGACUAUAUAAAAUACAGACUGCUUGUGUUUUAUAAGUGUGUUGUGAUAAAUGUUGCGCAAACAACUGUCAAUAAAUUAACUGGUCGUUGGCAUUCGAGGUUGAGUUUAAAUGUAAACAGUGCGUGUUGGAACUUGGUUAUAUAUCUUAUCGUGACGGUUAAAAGGAUAUAUGCGUGAAUCGAAACCAUGAUGGGAUUUGUGAAAGGGUAAGUGUCAUGAAUACGUCGCCAAACAAGCGAAAGCGACGGCGAAAAACAGAGAGUUUCGAGAAUCCUGAGAAGAUGUCACAAUCCUCAAGUCAAGAAAAUGCUGAUUCUACGGGCAAUAAAUGGAAGCGGAGACUUCAUUCACUACGAAGAAGUUUAUCAAAGAAAAAAGUAACAAAUUUGAAAGAAUUUCAAGUUUCUAAUCAAGAACGGAAUGAUACCGAGGAAUGUUCGUGCGACAACAAGAAUGGAGAACCUGCUAUUGCGGAUAUUACCUUCGAUAAUAGAUGUGAAAAUAUCAACGAUUGGCAGCAAAAUAACGAGAAGCAAUCGCCAUUAUUAAACGGUUGUUCACCCAACUAUAGUCCUAACUUAGACCCCCUCAUUUCGUCUGAUGACAACAAGAAUAAUAUUAAGAAAAGAAAAGGAUUUAAUCAGCGUACAAAAGGUGACACAGUGCGGGGUAACAUUUCUCGUGAUGGACACACUACAAAAGAAGAUUUACAAAACGGCAAAAAUCAUCCCUGCAAUGGUUUCGAGAAGAGAGAUAGCGAUGUAAGAAGGAGCCGAAACCGUUUGAAUGGUCGUAGGAAUAAACGUUUAUCUUUGUUUUCAAGCUGGUUUAAACUACCAACUCGGGCUUCCUCUGAAAAAAAUCUAAGACGUAGGGGUCGAGGUUUAUCAAUAUCAACCGAGAAUUUCAACGAACCAGAAGGUAAUUUCAAAUUCCUGACGGAUGUGAAACUUUUAAGAGAUCCUGGUUAUAUAUCAAGCUCUGGUGAUUCUCUUGAUUUGACCGAAGAGAAAUAUCAGUCGCUUCGGCGUUCCCGAGCUUCCUUAAUCGAUAUCAAAUGGCAUAAGUAUGGAAAGAGCGAAGGUAAUCUGGCAAGUCCUGUGUCACGCAACCGUAGUCUCAGCCCUUCGACGCCUAAAUCUUUAAGAACCAAGGAAAUUGUAUUUCCCGAUAAAAAUAAACAAAUUAUCCGAAGAGAAGGCAUAAAUAAACAGCAACAGCAGAAGAGAUAUAGUGUACCUGUCAAAAUCGAGAAAUGCACACAAAAUACGAGCGAAACUUGGGGAGAUUGGGAGCGAGUGUCCGCAGGAGAUGCUGAAGUAACCCAUUGUAGUAAUAGUUUAGGAAGUUUUGGUAAUAUAACUGAAGAUGAUGAUGUUUAUUUGACUGCAGAAGAGAACUCCACACAUAGUUCACCAAACUUGUUUGAUGACUGUAAAGACCAGCAGCCCUUGCCCAAAUGCAAGACAGUGUCUGAAAAUUCAGAGAACAGUAAUUCUUUGAAUGAACCCAAUUUUUACAAUGCGUCAAAUGGCAAGAGCAUUUCUUUAGCUAGUUUACCUGUUUCAAACGUAAAUAAAAACGUACAACUGGUGACACAGGAAAAAUCACCCAAUGAAUGGAUGACACCACAUCCUGGCACAGAUAAGAGCCAAAUUUUACAAGUUCAACCAACAAAGGAUGCUGUUAGCAAGACAUCAAGUUUGAACCUCGAAAAUAACAUUGGUUCAAAACCAGUGACAUAUGUGUGUAAAAGUUGCCAAGUCAAUGGAUUGAAUGGAAGAAAGACAACCAAACCUAAAGAAUUCCAUAGACUAUCCUUAGGUCAACUCACUGAUCUUAAUGAUAGACCUGUAGUAUCAAUGAGAUGUGUGCAAUGUAAAUCUCCAAGAUUAUCUAAACAGAAUGACACAUGCCAUGAUGUACUUUUUACUAGACCACCAAAAAAGCCAGCCCCUAAACCCCCUGCUUUGAUGAAAAACAAAUCCAAGAGCAUGACUGCACUUGCAGGAAAGUUUCCAUAUUUAUCAGACCAACUUGAUCUCAAUGAAACAUCAUCUUUACACAAGUUAAAUGACUCUUGCAGUGAUAAUUUAUGUGAACUUCUAUCACAGUCCAAAGAUGCAUCGUCGCCAACCAGUGAGGGAGUUUAUGUCGGGAUUAUGGGAGAUCAAGGGGUUAUUCUUCGGAAAAGAAGAGUACACUUGAAACAAAAACGUGUAGUUUCCAUGCCUUCAGAACUGCUUGAGAAUGUUAUGGAAGUAGAAGUAAUAGACACUAAUAGCCAUAAUUUUUCUAGUACUAAUCAAGAUGGGGUAUCAAAGAUAGACAAUGGAACACCAUUACCACUUUCUGGAAGUGAGGCACAUCUAAGUUGCAAUUCUGAUGCCCAAUCAAGUUCAAAUUCCAAUGCUCCUACAUCUGGUGUGUCAAAUUGUAGUAUUGAGAAAGAUCUAUGUAUGAGAUCAGUCAGCAUAUCAAGUAUUGAUGUUCAAGAUGUGAGCAUUAAAAAGAAAACUCACUCUCAAAGUGUCCCAUGCUUGGCAUUCAGUAAAGGCUGUCUAGAUAGUCUGAAAGCAACACAACCUCAACAAGGCAUGCUGGAAGAAAGUGAAACAUUUUCCUUCCCAAAAGACUGUGUCAGUCAGAAAUCAUCAACAGCACAAAGCAUGAUGUCUUUGAAUUUUCAGCAACCUCAUGAAGAAACAGAUGAUAUAUCUGAUAAGGUUACGGGAAAGCCAUUGAUGUAUGCUGAAGCUUUAUGGGACCAUGUCACAAUGAAUGAAGAAGAGUUGUGUUUUACAGCUGGUCAAGCUAUAGCUGUGUAUGAUGUUGAUGACCCUGAAUGGUGGUUUGGUCUGGCUGAUGAUCAUAUUGGAUGGUUUCCAGCCUCCUUUGUCAGGAUUCCUGUCUCUGGAGAAUUACUGAGUAAGUACCAGAACAGUUAUGGGCAGAAAUUGAAAAUAUCUGAUGUAAGAAGUGAAAAUGGAAGUCAUGUGUGUUUAUCGAAUGAGGAGAUCCGCGAUAAAAUUAUAGAAGAAAUCGUCAGCACAGAACAAGAUUAUGUUCAAAAUCUUAAAGACAUUGUCGAGGGAUACCUUAAACAGGCGAAGAAACGACCAGACAUGUUUAAUGAAGAACUGUUGAAAAUAAUAUUUUCAAACAUUGAAGAGAUUUAUGACUUUCAUCUGGAGUUUUCCCAGUCCAUUAAACGUCAAUACAAUCAAGCGUGGCAAGACGCUGCUAAUAUGGGAGAAGUUGGUGCGGUCUUUUUGCAAAAUAGAAAAAAAUUCGAGCUAUAUUCUGAAUAUUGCAAUAACCAUCCACGGGCGUCUUCUGAACUAAAACAUCUUCUACAGCAAGACAAAUACCGAUAUUUUUUCGAAGCAUGUCGAAUGUUACAAGACAUGAUCAAGAUUUCACUGGAUGGAUUUCUUCUGACGCCCGUACAGAAAAUUUGCAAAUAUCCUUUGCAACUGCAGGAACUUCUGAAGUACACAAAUCCUGAACACAGUGAUUAUGAGAACGUAAAGGAUGCCUUGGAUGCUAUGCGUGAGGUAGCCUCGAGUAUCAAUGAGAAGAAGAGAAAGGUGGAGAAUAUCAAGAAAAUUGCUGAAUGGCAACUUGGAAUCGAACAAUGGGAGGGUGAAGAUGUGUUGAUCAAAAGUAGUCAAUUAGUUUAUUCUGGCGAAGUUGUGAAGUUGUCUAAAGGAAAAGCUCAAGAUGUGACACUCUUUCUCUUUGAUCAUCAACUUGUUUAUUGUAGAAAGGAUUUAAUCAAGAAACGUUCACUGGAAUAUAAAGGAAGAAUAGUUUUGGAAAACUACAAGUUUGAAAAACUUGAGGAUGGAGAAGUUAUUCAAAAUGGUUCAGCUGUAAAAAAUGCGUGGAGAUUAUCAAGCACACAAAGCAACACAAGCUGUUUAUUUCAAGCCAAGUCUUCUGAUCAAAGAGAUAAAUGGAUUGGAUAUUUUCUGCAAGAGAGAAAGAUUGUGUACGAAACGACAUCAGCUAACAGCAUCCCACUGGACGAGCGGAUGGCAGCGAUGAACGAGGCAAAGUAUUCCGUGAAAAGCGGGAAACAAGUUGUGAAAGGUGAAAAGAAGUAUGGCAACUUCAAUACAGUGAGUCGUGCAAUCGGACAAAUACACUAUGGAAGUGUUAUAAUGGGAGCACAUCGUAAGAUUGAUCUACCUCCUCCUGUGUCUAGCGCCAUGCUAUUUCAGCGAGAUCAAGCGCGAUCGUCGUUUCUGAGAAGUUCAGGCGUUUUCAAGAAACGGCGACCCAAACCAAAACACCGACCUCACCCAAGAUGACAAGUGUGGGUGUGAAUGUCCAUCAUCUCUUACGUAACAACAAACGAAAACUCGACUAUUACAGAAAUACGUUUUGACGCACAUUUAACGUGGCCUGAUCCUGAUACACAGAAGAAUAACGAAAUAUAUUCGUCUGAGAAAUUCGUUCUGACGAAUCUCGACAGAGUCAUGCAUGCAGAGAACUAGUCGAGAUUUAUAUUUUAUACGUCAUAAGACUAGAUAUUCACUUCGGCACUUUGUUCUAUCGACAUUCUGAUAUUUCGAUCUGUUUCAUAUAGAGUAUUGCACGUUCCAGGCUACAUUUAACAAUCAUAUUGUAGUGUGUAGUAGCUACAUCAUUUAUACAUUGCGAGUCAUCAUGCAGUAAAAACGAUCUGACGUACACAUGCAAGUUAGUUUCAUACAGCUAUACGCACCCAGUGCAAUGUAUAUGACCACUUAUGUAAUAUAUUUAUAUGAAGUAAUUUGAAGCUACAGCGGCGCAAAAUUGUCGCUCUAAAUUUUGUCAAAGAAAUAUUGACUAGUUUAUACCAAGCUUGUAUCGAUACAUUUUACAUAUAUUUAUGUAAUAAACUUAGUAUUUUUAUAUUAUUGAAAGGAUUUCGACUAAAAAAUUUUGAGACACACUUCAACAAUUGUUUCCCACUGGACAGGAAAUAAAAUAACUUCUUGGACAAAACAUGAAAUCAUAAGAUUUUUUAUUAAUAAUCAUUGAAAUGAUUGCAUUUCUUUUGU